UUUUUCUUGUAAUUUUUGUGCACUUGCACCUGAUGCUGAUUUCUUUCUUUAUAUAUAAUAAAGUAAACCGUGAUUAGGUUCCAGGUAUUGUAUUUGCAAGAGGACCUGCUGUGACUGUGUUGAUACUUCUGGAAUCAGAUGGUGAAACUUAUGCUGUUCUUACUGAACAGGCAAGGGUUCCUACUGGAAGAAUUAUUUUGGAAUUGCCUGUUGGAAUGUUGGAUGAUGACAAGGGUGAUUUCGUUGGCACUACAGUUCGUUGAAGAAGAGACUAGCAUAAAGUUCAAACUUGAAGACAUAGUUGAUCUCACUGCUUUCUUGGAUUCUUCAACAGGAUGCAGAUUUUUUCCCUCACCGACAGUAGACUAUAAGAGACCAACCUAUGAAGAAGUUGAGAACCUCCAAGCCUUACUUCCAAGGGAGUGCAAUAUCUGCCAAAUGCAAAUUGGCGAAAUGGUGAACUUUAUGGAUUCAAAAUGCUAGUAUUGGAAUGGAUAACUUGAACCCUUAAUGCACAAAGUGGAGCAGUUUUAGGUUGAUUUUGAUCUUUUACUAAGUAUUUAGGUUGAUGAUCAUCUCUAUUAGUGUAAUUUGAUAUAUUAUGAGCAGUUUUAACUUGUAUUGUUUCUGUAUUUUUCUUCGGUUUUUAGUUUUGGAAUCUGAACUCGAGAUUUAUUUUG